UAAUAGGUAGGUUUUGUUACAGAACCUCAUCUUCUUGUUAUCUUUCCGCGUUUUGAGGUAGACUUUUUGUUUCAUCACCCAGCAGUGACUAAAACCACUUUCUUCCACUCCUAGGACAUUGUCUACUUCAGGUUUAUUGUGUUGGUAACAUGAAGAUUUCGGGCUUCUUUGGUUUGCUCUUGGUGGUGGGAGCAACUUUGAUGUUCUUUAACAUCUUAAUUCCUAUAAGUGCAUCUUGGACACCUGAUUUCAUAGGGACCAAGUAUGGUGAUAAGGCAACACUGAUUGCAGUGAACAGGAAACUGAAGGAAAAUGGUAUCAACAACAAUGGUGACAUGAGUCAAGUAACUCUGACUGAUUACAAUUCAGCUGAUCCACCACCAAAUUCUAGAACAAAGGCCUCUUUAUAUCCUGGACCUAUUCAGCAUGGAAGCCCUCUGAUUCCAUACAUCCCAAAACCUUCACCUCCUGAUCAUCCUAUACCUGGAGAUUCUGACUAACUUUCUGAUCUCUUCAAGUAUGCUAAUAGAUGCUAUGCUCAAAAGAGGAACGCUGUUCACAUUCUUUGAACAUAUUUCUUUUCAUGGGAAAAUAAGAAAUUGUUCAAAGUAUGUGUGAGUAGCAUUUCUCAUGCUGAAAGAAUAUAGGACUCAUUCUCACACGUUGUUUAGUCAGUUUUUUGUGCGUUCUUUUGCUUAUAUUCUGUGUGCUAGUGUUGUGAAAAAACAUUUGCCUUUGAGCAUCAUCCUAUGCAGUGGCCAAUGUACGUACUUAUAACUAAGGAUCAUGCAAAUUUCUAUUUAUAUUAGUUUGUGUUAGUGCAACUGGAGUAUGUUUAUUUUUUCUCUUA